UUGGCCACCGCUCGUGGGUUUUUCCUGCACCGCGCUGAGCCCGGUGCCGGAAGGCGGUAGGUGUGAUGUCGCAUGUGUGGACUCCGGCAAACUGCAUUGCCGCCAUGCAGCGUGAAGGCGGACGAGGGCGCUGGCAGAGGGUAUUGAGCCUUCUGCACGAGUUGCCGCAGGACAUGGCGCCGGUGGUGGCGUACAGCGUGGCGGUCACGGCUUGCGGCAGGUGCUUGCAGUGGCAGCGGUCCCUUCACUUGCUGCGGCAGCUGGAGGAGCUGGAAGGAGUGGCGCCCAACUUGGUGGCCUUUGCGUCGGCGAUGCACGUAGUGAUGCGCGCGGGGCAGUGGCGCGCAGCCCUGCAGCUUUGGCCGCUGCUCAGGAGUGAUGGACUGCAGCCGGACGCCACAGCGAGGGCGGCCGCAGCCCAGGCGGCGGCUGGUGGUGGGGGUGUCUGGCGACGCGCCUGGCGGCUGCUGCCCGAAACGGGAAGCGCGCCAGCGUCGGCGGCACAGGAGGUGUGCUGGAACGUGGCGAUGAGCGCCUGCGAGAAAGCCGGUGCCUGGCGCCAAGCCCAGCGCUUGGCGGAGAUCUGCGGCGCGCGGCGGGUCGAGAUGGACACCUUCACGCUGAAUGCGGCGGUGAGCGCGGGGGAGAAGGCGAGUGCUUGGCGCCAGGCGGUGUUCUUUCUAGAGGACCUGCGCGGAAAAGCGACGGAGGCAGAUGUGAUCAGCUUCAGCGCUGCGAUCAGCGCCUGUGGUGAGUGCGCCCAGUGGAUCGCGGCGCUGGCGCUGCUCUGUGCCUUCGGAAGCCGCGAGGCGGACGUGGUCCUGUACAAUGCCGCCCUGUCGGCCUGCGACCGCGCGGGGGAAUGGCAGCGGGCGCUGGCCCUGCUGUCGGAGUGCCAUUUUCGACAGCUGCGGCUGGAUCUUGUGUCCUUCAACUGUGCCAUCAGCGCAUGCGAGAAGACCGGGGAGUGGCAACAGGCACGGGCCCUGCUCUCGGAGAUGCGAAGCCGCUCGCUGCGGGCGGACGUGAUCUCCUACAGCAGCAUGCUCCGGGCGUGCAAGGAAGCCUACGGCUGGCAGCAAAGCCUCGGGUGGCUGGAGGACUUGGAAGCGCGGGCACUGCUGCCGGACCUCAUCUGUUGCAGCGCGGCCGCCGCCGCCUGUGAAGCCUCCGGGAGCGCCUGGAAGGCAGCGGUUGAGGUGGCGAAGCGGCUCGGGCUCAAGGCAGAUAUGGUGGCAUGCAACACGGCGCUGAGUGCAUGCUGCAAGAGCACACGCUGGGAAGUUGCCCAGGGGUGGCUCCUGACCCUUCUGGCAGCACAGCUGCGGAUGACCACCAACACGCUGAACGGCCUGGUCUUAGGCUACGCCGCGGACUUCCGACAAACCGUCUGGCGCCGGGCGGCCGCGUCGCUCGAUCGCGAGUGGAAGGCGGACCUGGCGACCUUUAACCAGGUGGCGGAGCUUUUGGCGCGGGGGGACGGCUCCGAGCGGCGCGCGGCGACGGCGCGGUGCCUGGGAUCGGUGGCGCUGGCCGGGGAGGACCUACUGCGCCGGGGCUCGCGGCGAUGGCUUUUGCGGGAGGUAACAAAAUGACGCGCUGGGAAGA